GAGUCCCCAGGGCACGUGGCAGUGUGUCACAGGGCCCUUUGUGACACGGUGGGAUGGCACGGGGCAGGGUGUCACAGGGCCCUUUGUGACACGGGAUGACUUAGUAGUGGUGGUGAGGUGGCCACGCCUCAGUGCUCCUCGGAGCGUGCGACGGGACGGACGGGACAGAGCGGUGCUGUGCGGAGCCCCCGUGCAGCCAACUCGUUCCUUGCUAACCCGGAGCGUUUUGGUGGCGUUUCUUUUGUGCGAGCGUCCUCGAGGCCAGACCGCGGGACUUGGUGACACGGAGCUUUUGCGAGGUGUCCCCAAUCCCUGCGGCAGCUGCCCUUGAGGCCGCACUGCAGCACUUGCUAACCCCUAGCGUUUGCUAGGCUUUUCUGUGUUACCGGUGUCCUUGAGCCCAGACUUCAGGACUUGCUGACCCAUACCGUUUGUUAGGCUUUUCUCUCUUUCAGGUGCCCUCGAGGCCAGACCACAGGAUUGGGGACCCGGAAAUUUUCCGGAGUCUCCAAUCCCUGCGGUAGGUGGCCUCGAGGGCAGCCUGCCGGACUUGGUGACCCGGAGAUCUUCCGAGGUGUCUCUCUCUUGCAGGUGUCUUCAACGCCAGACUGUGGGAUGGCGGGAAGACACCUGAGCCUGCUCAGGCCCUUUCGGAUGAAGAAGAAAGGCCCUGGAGCUGCCCUAUCCCAGCACCUGGAGAAGAUGGAGCAGUUGCAUCCCCUGCAGGAAGAUCCAGGACAGGACCAAACACAAGAACAGGACCGUGCCCGUGGCCGCUUCCGCAGGGCAGCACAGAACUUUCUGAAAUUCUUGGGCAUUCGGCGUGAAAGGACCACAACCGGACCAAGCGAGGUCAUGGCACAGCCUGACCCCAGCCCGACUGAGCUCGAGGCGGACCCUGAUGUCACCACCACACUGACUGAUGGCACAGGAAACUGUGAUACCCCGCCUACUGUUCACGCAACAAAGUCUGACCCUGCUUUGACUGAUGCUACAGCAGACACUGACAGCCCAUCGAUCGAUGGCACUGCAAUCUCUGACAUCCCGUUGAGCGAUGAACCCACAAACUCUGGCGCUGCACCGCCCGAUCUCACUGCGGAGGCCGACACUGCAAUGACCGAGGGCACUGCAGACACUGACCUCGUGCCCAGGGAGAGUGCGAACUAUGCUCCCACUCCAGAGAUUUUUGAGGAGAAUGGUGUCUCCAGUCCAGAGCAAGUGCCAGCCUUCGUCAGGAACGUGCACCAGAGACUGACAGCCAGCGCCACUCCAGAAGAGAAGCUGCUGGCGGAGUUUCUGAGGGUGACUGAGGCACACCCUGCUGAUGUUGUGUUCACCCUCCUGCGCUGUGCCCCAUCGUGUGACAGAGCUGCUGCAACCCUGUGGAAGACCAUCGCCUCAUCGGGAAGGACAGUGGAGAGGGUGCUGCCAGAGCUGCUCCGUGUGAUGGAGAACUGGCCACGGCUCAGCAUGUCCACCUCCGACGGGGACAAAACGGAUGUCUUUGGCCUGGCUGCAACCAGGGUGAUUUGGGAGAUUCUCCAGGUGCUCCAGUGCCCAGAGCCAUUGAAAAAGGAUUCCCCCCGUCUCCUCGUGGAUCUGCUCUUUCAGAUUUCCAUCAGCCCAGAGCAGAUGCCAGAGGAAGUUGACACCUUGUGGAAGGAAUGCCAGAAGCAAUACGACCUUCCAACAAACUCCAAGAGGUUUGCAGUGCUGACCAUGAAGGCCCUGCUUUGUCGUCUGGAGUGUGAAGAUGUCGUGCUUUCAAUGGAACGGAAGCGUGGCUGGGACACGCUCCUCAGGGCUGACAGCCGCCACUACGCAGUGGGUCUGCUGGCCAGGGAGUUGUGCCGUGCCUCGAGCCCCUUGUAUUACCGGGUUACCUGCUGCCUGCUGGGGCUGCUCACCAGGGAGAAGAUCUCCUGGGAGCUUCCUGCCUUGGCGUUCGUUGUGGAGAUCCUGGACUGCCUGGACAUGACUGAGUGGAGUGACAGCUUCCUGGAGGUCCUUUCCAGGUGCCUGUUGAGCGAGCACACAGAGAUGCGUCGCGUGGUGCUGAGAAUCCUGGUGGUGCUGAGCAAGGAUCCUGUGAUGGCUGACGGCGUGUGGAGCCUGACACCAAGCCUCGUGGACAUUCUGUGGGAUACAGACGGAGAGUUGGUCUGGGCGGCCCUCUCUGUAUUCAUCAAAGAAGUCGAGGACAGAGACAUCCCAAUCUCCACCCCCACUGCCCUGCGGCUGGCUGAGGUGCUCCAGACACUCUUUGGCCACGACAACAUCCACGUGCAGGUGCUCUCCAUUUACCUCUUCCGAAAGGUGAUGGAGUUGGGAGUGGAGGAGAGUAAACAACCCCUGAAGACACACAUCAUCUUCAGCCUGCUCCCACUUUUUUUCUACUGGCAUAAUGAGAACCAGGACGUGGCAGAAGCGUCUCGGGAAGCGCUGCUUCGUGCAGCGCGGUUGCUGAAGAGGAGGGAUCUCGUGAAGCUGCUGAAGGCAGAGCAGCCUUGGAGGUUCAGUGAGUGCCUGCUGGAAAAAGACAAGAGAAGAGCGGUCGAGUACCUGCACCAGGCCCUGGCAUACCUGGAGAGCCCACAGGAGUCCGUGCGAGAGGCGGCCCUCAGGUUCACUGGGAUCGCCGGCAGGUACCUGAAGGGACAGCCUGAAGAGCUGCAGAUCGCCAUUGACGUUAUUGAAGGCAUGACUCCUGACAGCACUGCUGUCAAAAGCCUGGCACUUCAAACCCAGGAAAUCCUAAGAGCUGUCCAGAGACCUCAGUCUUCUCCAGGUUCCAGCGGUUUGAAGAUCAGCUCCAGAAUGCACAGAAUAGGGAGGCUCCUCCGUGGGGCAGCUGCCGGAGGUCAGCGGAGAACUGAUCCUGGGAACCCUGUCUGAUGGGACCACCUGAACCUCGGGACAGACCCCUCUGUGCAACCAGUUCCUGUUCCUCCACCUUGAGACAAUGAAAUCCCUCUUAGCAUACACAGAGACUCGGGAGUUUUUUUUGGUGCCCGGUGUUGUCGGGGCAUCUGGGAAGAGGGGAAAAAGGGCCCUUGUGCUCCACAACACUUGCCCAAAGGUGCAGUGGGGAAGGGGAAAGUGCCCCAAAGGCCCUUGGCCUUGGGGGGUUCUGCUGGAGCCUCAACACUUGCAGCAGAGCGGAUGGGCAGAGCCUGGAGCUGUGGGGCUCCCUGAGAAGCUGGUCCUGGGAGGUGGCCACAAGCCCUGUGCCAGCCGGGAAGCAGCAUCUGUGGCCUGCCCGUGUGUUGCUGUCUGGCUUGCUGAG